AUGAUGAAGCUGGAUUUGUCGUGCCUGGAGCCAGCGGCGGGGGCAGGCCGCGAGCCGUGCGGCCUAGAAGCGGCGGGCGUGUCUGGCGUUGCUGUGGACUCCUUCCCGCUGCCAGCAGUCGCAGAUAUCGACUCGUUUGAGCGGGAGGUGGUGGAGUAUGUGAAGCCCAAUCACGGCACCACCACCCUGGGAUUCAUAUUCCAGGGGGGAGUCAUCAUCGCGGUCGACUCGCGAGCCUCCCAGGGCUCCUACAUCUCCUCCCAGACGGUGAAGAAGGUGAUUGAGAUCAACCCGCACCUGCUGGGCACGAUGGCGGGCGGCGCCGCCGACUGCCAGUUCUGGGAGCGCAACCUGGGGCGCCAGUGCCGCCUGUACGAGCUGGCCAACGGCAAGCGCAUCACGGUGCGGGGCGCCUCCAAGCUGCUGGCCAACACCAUGUUCUCCUACCGAGGCAUGGGGCUGUCCAUGGGCACGAUGGUGGCGGGCUGGGACGAGGCGGGGCCGGGCCUCUACUAUGUCGACUCUGACGGUCAGCGCACCAAGGGCAAGCUGUUUUCUGUCGGAUCGGGAAGCCUCUACGCCUACGGCGUGCUGGAUGAGGGCUACCGCUGGGACCUGAGCGUGGAGGAGGCGGUGGAGCUGGGCCAGCGCUCCAUCUACCACGCCACCUUUCGGGACGCCGCCUCGGGCGGUACUGUGUCGGCCUACCACGUGACCCAGGAGGGGUGGACCAAGGUGCGGGGCGAGGAUGUGGGGCAGCUGCACUUCAAUUACUACCCAGCCCCCGAGGAGCACCCAUGCAACUCCAAAGACCCGCUGGCGCUGUGAGCGGCGACGCGCGCAGCGUGCACGGCGCCUGCCUCGCUGGCAGUGUAACAUUAAUC